GUUCGUUACGGCCUUCGGCCGAUGAUGAAGUCUUGGUGGGAACACCCCACUCCCCCGGCGCCCUUGAGCGAUCGGAGAGUUUCUCGCUCGCGUAGGCAACCCCUGCUCCUGUGCCUUGAACAGAGCCUGUAUCUGCCGAUGACAGCUGAUAAUAUUAAUUUCGUGGGAAAAAAUAAACCUUUUGAUUUAUGGCUGCAUCAAGACAAGUGGCUACUUUCCGUCUCCCACCUCUUCCAACUAUUGGAGAGAUUAUUAAACUGUUUAAGCUCCGAGCCGUAAAGCAGCUAUCUCAGAACUUUCUUCUGGACCUGAGACUUUCAGAUAAGAUAGUGAGAAAUUCUGGCAAUCUGAAAGAUGCCCAUGUAUGCGAGGUGGGCCCUGGUCCAGGAGCAAUCACAAGAUCCAUCUUGAAUGCUGGAGUAGCAGAACUCCUGUUAGUUGAAAAAGAUCCUCGUUUUAUUCCAGGGCUGCAGAUGCUCUCUGAUGCAGCUCCAGGAAAAGUUCGUAUUGUUCAUGGAGAUAUUUUGACAUAUAAGUUGGAGAAAGCUUUUCCACAGCAUCUUAAGAAGAAAUGGGGAGAUGAUCCCCCAAACAUACAUAUUAUUGGAAAUCUACCUUUCAGUGUUUCAACUCCGCUAAUAAUCAAGUGGCUUGAGAAUAUAUCUGAAAGGAAUGGUCCUUUUAGUUACGGUAGAAUACCGAUGACUCUAACAUUUCAGAAGGAAGUAGGGGAGAGGCUGACAGCUAGUACAGGAACCAGGCAGCGUAGCAGACUUUCUAUUAUGGCUCAGUAUCUGUGCACUGUUCACAAUUGCUUUACAAUUCCUGGCCAAGCUUUUGUCCCCAAGCCAGAGGUGGAUGUGACUAUCGUUCAUUUUACACCAUUGGUAAAACCAAAGAUAGAACAGCCCUUUAAGCUGAUAGAGAAAGUUGUUCAAAGUGUUUUUCAGUUCAGAAGAAAAUACUGUCAUCAAGGAGUACGAAUUUUAUUUCCAGAAGCAGAACGUUUGAAAAAGGCUGAACAGAUGCUCAUGUUAGCUGAUGUUGAUCCAACUCUGCGCCCAACUCAACUUUCUGUGUUUCACUUUAAAAACCUUUGUGACGUAUAUAGGAAAAUGUGUGAUGAAGAUCCAAAGCUGUUUGCUUACAACUACCGAGAUGAACUGAAACAGAAGAAAAACAGGAAUAAAAGCAACUUGGAAAGGACUGAGGACAACAGUUUGCUUUAGCUUACUUACUAAUAUUAGCCAAGCGAAAAGUGUGUAACCCUGUCUGUUGACUGGAAUGAAAUAUUUCAGCAAGUAUGCAUAUCAUCACAUCUUCCUGGAGCAAGCCUGGCAGAAGGUGAGCAAUUAGGAUUACAGAAUAAAUGCACGUUACCUAGUGUUAACUUUUUUCAACUCUUCCCUAUGCUGGAACAGCCAACCUACAUUGACAGCACGAACAAGGAUAAAAUGAGCAGAAGGUUUGGAUGCCUGUA